AUGUAUCUUAAUGUUCCAUUGAAGACUCCACUACAACAUUUACAUGAUUUAGUUACUCACAAUGUGGCACCAAUUGAUGAAGACUUAAUGAGACAAAAUCCUAUGGAGGAUGAGAGAGAUGAUGAAUCAACAGCAGAAAACUUCAAACAGAUGGAUAGGGAUGGCGAUCUAUCACCUACAUCUAGUGCUAAAAGAGUGGUGGAAUGGGAAUUAGUGGAGGAUACUGAGCAACAAGUGAUUGUGAGAGUGCUUCACCAUGACCUGGGGCAGCACAUGAUUAUGACAUUUGUUUAUGCAAGAUGUUCAGCAAUGGAGAGGUUUGAAUUGUGGGAUCACUUGUAUUACUUAGCAAGUGAUAUGAAAUUGCCAUGGUUGUUAGGAGGGGAUUUCAAUGUGAUAUUACAUGAAGAUGAGAAAGUAGGAAGACUACCAGUACACCCGCCUGAAUAUAAGGAUUUUGCAUUUUGUAACAUGUUGCCAACUAUUGAAGUUGAACAUUUAAUCAGAACUGGAUCAGAUCAUGCACCAUUGUUAAUGACAUGUGGGGAGCAAACCACCAAUUUUGUCAAGCCUUUCAGGUUCUUGAACUUUUGGACUAAACAUGCUACAUUUAUGGAUAUGAAGCUCAAGAGGGUGAAGGGAACACUAUCAAAAUGGAGCAGAGAAACAUUUGGUGAUAUCUUCAAGCAGUUGGCUAUUUUGGAAGACAUUGUUAGGGUGAAAGAGAUGUUGUUUGAAGAAGAGCCUACAAUUGAGAACAGGAUUGUGCUUCAAAAGGCUCAAUCUGAAUUGAAGAAAUACUUAAGUAUUGAGGAGAAGUAUUGGAAGCAAAAAGCUGGGAUGACUUGGUUUGCUGAAGGAGAUAGGAAUACAAGUUUCUUUCUGUAA